CUUUCCAUUUUCUCUAUAAUCUUACUCUCUGUUAAAAAGGUCAAAGCCAACCACCGCAAAAUAAAGGGGAAAAAUCAUUUCCGGCGACCGUCAAGCCGUGAAACGCCUCCGUUCUGAUAUUAUCCUCUUAUGCUAUUGUAGAUCAUUUUUACUUUCCCGGUAACGCCCCGGUGGCCGGAAAAAUAAAUUACUUUUGGAUUAUUUCUUGAUUAUGAAGAGCAAAGGCAACAUCGGAAACAACAAAGGCUCCAAUAUUGUUAAUAAUAAAAAUAAAAAUCCCAAAAAUAAUCGUUUUUUGCCUAUUUCUUUGAAAUUCAUAUCUUCCUGCAUCAAAACAGCCUCAUCCGGUGUCCGGUCAGCUAGUGCAUCCGUUGCCGCUUCUAUAUCUGGGGACAGUUACGAACACCAACAAGACCAGGUGCUCUGGACUUCCUUUGACAGACUAGAGCUUGGUCCAUCAUCUUUUAAAAGAGUUCUCUUACUUGGAUACUCCAAUGGUUUUCAAGUUCUUGAUGUCGAAGAUGCCACUAAUGUCAAUGAACUUGUUUCAAGGCGUGAUGAUCCAGUUACAUUUUUACAAAUGCAGCCACUUCCUGAAAAUUCUGAGGGUCAUGAAGGAUUUAGGGCAUCACACCCUUUACUUCUGGUUGUUGCCUGUGACGAGUCAAAAGGUUCAGGUUCGAUGCUUACCGGAAGAGAUGGUUUUGCUGAGCCUCAAACUGGAAAUGCUCUUAUCUUCCCUACUGCUGUUCGAUUUUAUUCGUUAAGGUCUCAUAAUUAUGUCCAUGUACUAAGAUUUCGGUCCACUGUAUAUAUGGUUAGAUGCAGUCCUCGGAUAAUUGCUGUGGGGCUUGCAACACAAAUAUACUGCUUCGAUGCGCUCACUCUUGAAAACAAAUUUAGUGUCCUCACCUAUCCUGUCCCUCAAGCAGGCGGCCAAGGAAUGGGUGGGAUUAGUAUUGGAUAUGGACCAAUGGCAGUCGGUCCCAGAUGGUUAGCUUAUGCUUCAAACAAUCCUUUGCAGUCCAAUACAGGUCGUCUGAGUCCACAGAAUCUUACACCAUCUCCUGGUGUUAGUCCAUCGACUUCACCUAGCAGUGGGAAUCUUGUGGCUCGAUAUGCCAUGGAAUCUAGUAAGCAAUUAGCUGCUGGGUUAAUCAAUCUGGGUGAUAUGGGCUACAGAACUUUGUCGAAAUACUAUCAAGAUCUUGUUCCUGAUGGUUCUGGUUCUCCUGUAUCUUCAAAUUCAGGCUGGAAAGUUGGUCGAGCUGCUUCACAUCCUGCGGAGACUAAUAUUGCUGGGACGGUUGUCAUUAAAGAUUUUGUUUCCAGAGCUGUUAUAUCGCAGUUCAGAGCUCACACUAGUCCAAUUUCUGCUCUGUGUUUUGAUCCUAGUGGAACUCUUUUAGUUACAGCUUCGAUUCAUGGGAACAAUAUAAAUAUUUUUCGAAUUAUGCCAUCCUCGACAAAGAAUGGAUCUGGCACUCAAAACUACGAUUGGAGCUCGUCACAUGUGCAUCUUUACAAGCUCCAUCGUGGCAUGACUUCAGCUGUAAUACAAGAUAUUUGUUUUAGUCCUUACAGUCAGUGGAUUGCCGUUGUUUCAUCUCGUGGCACUUGUCAUAUUUUUGUUCUUUCUCCAUUUGGUGGUGAGAAUGUUCUUCAAAUUCAGAAUUCUCAUGUAGACGGGCCUGUCUUAUCACCAGUUUUAUCUCUCCCUUGGUGGUCUACUCCAUCUUUCGUGAUAAACUCUCAAACAUUUUCUUUGCCACCACCAACUGUUACUCUCUCUGUUGUUAGUAGAAUAAAAAACAGUAACUCAUGGCUUAAUACGGUUACCAAUGCUGCAUCUUCUGCAGCUGGGAAGGGCUCCUUCCCCUCUGGUGCUUUUUCUGCUGUUUUUCAUAAUUCUUUACCAAAUGAUGUGCAACGAGCUCAAGUGAAAACUAAUAUUUUGGAGCACCUAUUAGUUUACACUCCUUCCGGUCAUGUUGUUCAAUAUAAACUAUUACCCUCAUUUGGGGUAGAGGCAGGUGAAAAUGCUUCAAGAAUCGGACCGGACUUCGCUCCUCAGGUACAAGAUGAGGAGUUACGGGUGAAGGUUGAAACUAUGCAAUUGCAAGCAUGGGAUGUAUGCCGAAGAACAGAUUGGCCAGAAAUAGAGGAGUGUCUUUCUGGAAUGACUCAUGGAAGAAAAGACACAUUAGAGAUGACUAUGGAUGUUUCUGAUUCUGAAGAUAAUGAUGCUGGGCACAAGGACUUGUCAGAGCCCCAAGGCCAGUCUCACUUGUAUCUUUCAAAUGCAGUAGUGCAGAUUAGUUCUGGAAGGAUUCCUAUCUGGCAGAACUCUAAGGUAUCAUUCCAUACAAUGAGUCCUGCAGGGUUUGAAGAGCAUAAAUUCACCAUAGAUCAGUCUGGUGGGGAAAUUGAAAUAGAACAGAUGCCUACAUAUGAGGUUGAAAUUAGACAGAAGUAUUUAUUGCCUGUUUUUGAGCAUUUUCACAGGCUUCGACCUGAAUGGAACAACAGGGGAUUCGGUGGAGAAAAAUAUCCAAUGUCUUCUGAAGAUGCGAAAGCAAGAUUCUCUCAAGUCACUGUUAUUUCUCACUCCAAGUUGAUGUCACCUUGCUCGGUUGAAAACUCAGAUAGUGGAUCAACGAGGAAUUCUUAUACUUCCAGCAUUCAAUCUGGAAAGGAUGGUGGUGGGGUAAAAGGACAAAAUUCUGUUUUCUCAUCAGCUGUGCUUAAUCAGAGCACUCUUAGCAAAGAUGCUGGUUCAAUUUCUUUUAAUCAAUCUAAUGGAGGUGUUUGUCACAUUGAAGAUAGUAACUCAACUAAUAGUAUGUCAUCCUUAACAAGUGGCUCUCUAUCUGGUAGUAGAAUCGUUGCAAAAGAGGUUCAGGUUCCAAAUAGUGACGGGAUAAAUGAUGUUUCAAACACGAGUUCUAACCGUUCUGAUUUGAGUAUGAACAUGUUAGAUGAGGGGCCAGUAAAUGAGUCGCCAGAUUUUGAGCAAUUUUUUCAAGAAGAGUAUUGUACAGCAUUACCCUCAGGUGCAUGUCCUGAACCGAAGAAAGUUGUUACUGAUGUUGACAACAGCAGCAGUCCUUGUGAUAAAGAAAAAUCUGAGGAAGAAGUUGACAACGAUGAUAUGCUUGGGGGAGUUUUUGCCUUCUCUGAGGAAGGUUCUUUCGGCUAAAACGGCUGCCUUGUCAGGGGGGUUCACAUUCUAAUAAGAAGUGUGGUUUGAUGAUUCUAAAAUGCUACUGACUGAUUUAUUCAGGUAAUUUAUAAUAUCGUAACUACUGGCUUAUUGUGAUGCCAAGGGCAAAUUAUCUGGUUUCUUCCUUCAUAAUGUACAUUUUGUAAAUUAUAUUUGAUAAAAAUACAAAUGAUUUGUGAGGACAUGUACUUUCUGUGUUGUGUAACAUUAUUUAUUCUUCAAAGAAAAA